AUGGAAAGUGCAUUUUUACAGGAAUCUAAACACUUGAGUGCAAAUUAUGAUUUGUUAAAUGGCAAAAUACUUCCGCUCCUACAAACAAUCAGUGACUCUACAGAUGAACAAGAAAUCACUGAAUCUGUAAGAGAAUUAAAAAAACUACACAGGGAAACAAUAUUAACUUUAAGUAAAGUACAAGCAGGUUCGAUCAACAUAUCAGAAAGUAGAAAAGUUAGAGAAAAUAUGAUUUUGAUGAAAUCGAAGGGUAGGAUUAAGAUGAAGUUUGGUGAGAAUAAGAUAUCCGAAUAUUUUAGUGCCUUGCAUUCAUUUAAUUUAAAAUGUUUAACGCAUGUCAAUUAUUUGAAUAGACUCUCUGUUGAACCGGUCCAUCAGUAUAGUAUAUCAGAAGGUGAUAAAAUUGUCGCCAAUAGGACCUGUUUAAGUGACCCUGUUCACAAGAUUAUUGAUGAAUAUUUAAAUGAACAACAAUUAUUUGAAGAUACACAAAAGUUAAGAAAUGAAUUAUUGAAUAUUGUCGAAGAAAUUAAACUUACAAGGGUUAAAUACGCGCUAGAAGAUAAAGAAGUGUUACAAGAAGAGUUUUCUAAAAUAACCAAGGACAUGCAGUCAUGGCAGAGAAAAUAUAGUGAGCUUGAAUCUGCAUUAUUUGGUUCUAGUUCAAAUAGUAUAACAAGCAUCAUCAAUUCUGUACAGGGAAACCCGAACCAUGGAGUUUUUAAAUAG